UAGAAACAAAGUUUGAACUUUUGACGGUGUUCGAUAGUUGAGAUCUCGAUAAGUCUACGUGUAUUAAUGGUGUGUGUGCGCUUGUUCACACUAUAAAUAACUCCUUUCUGCCCAAGCUUUCUCCACAGAAAGCAUUUUCUGCCCUAUUUUCUCUAUCUGUGUAAGGAUGGGAAAGUUACAAAGCUAUGUUGCAGUACUUGCUGUGGCAUUUGUAUUAGUGAUAGGAGCAGCAGAGUGCAGAAAAAUUAAAGAAAAUGAGUUAGUUGACGGUUUUGGAAGUGGCUUGGGUGGAAUUGGAGGUGGACACGGUGGUGGAUUUGGGGCAGGAAUUGGUGGUGGCGGUGGUGCUGGUGGCGGCUUUGGAGGUGGAAAAGGUGGUGGUCUAGGAGGAGGAUUCGGAGGUGGGCACGGUGGUGGCGGAGGAGCAGGAGGAGGCAUUGGAGGAGGUGCUGGUGGUGGUUUUGGAGGUGGCAAAGGCGGCGGUGUGGGAGGAGGAGUUGGUGGUGGAGGAGGGGCAGGAGGAGGCAUUGGAGGAGGUGCAGGUGGUGGUUUUGGAGGUGGAAAAGGUGGUGGCGUUGGUGGUGGAGGAGGAGCAGGAGGAGGGGCAGGAGGAGGCAUUGGAGGAGGUGCAGGUGGUGGUUUUGGAGGUGGAAAAGGUGGUGGCGUUGGUGGUGGAGGAGGAGCAGGAGGAGGUGCAGGUGGAGGUGCUGGUGGUGGUUUUGGAGGUGGAAAAGGUGGAGGCGUGGGAGGAGGAGUUGGAGGUGGAGGAGGGGCAGGAGGAGGCAUUGGAGGUGGUGCAGGUGGAGGAGCUGGGGGUGGGUUUGGAGGUGGAAAAGGUGGUGGAGGAGGGGCAGGUGGAGGCGUUGGAGGUGGGGCAGGUGGAGGAGCUGGCGGUGGACUAGGAGGAGGGGCAGGCGGAGGAGUUGGAGGUGGGGCAGGUGGAGGAGCUGGAGGUGGUGUAGGAGGAGGGGCAGGCGGAGGAGCUGGAGGUGGUGUAGGAGGUGGUGCAGGUGGAGGAGCUGGAGGUGGUGCAGGUGGAGGAGCUGGAGGUGGUGCAGGUGGAGGAGCUGGAGGUGGUGUAGGAGGAGGGGCAGGCGGAGGAGCUGGUGGUGGUGUAGGAGGAGGAGCAGGCGGAGGAAUUGGAGGUGGUGCAGGUGGAGGAGCUGGAGGUGGUGCAGGUGGAGGAGCUGGAGGUGGUGUAGGAGGUGGUGCAGGUGGAGGUGCUGGUGGUGGUUUUGGAGGUGGAAAAGGUGGUGGUUUUGGAGGAGGAGUUGGUGGAGGUGCCGGUGGAGGCGCUGGUGGAGGUGCCGGUGGAGGCUUUGGUGGUGGGCAUGGUGGUGGAGUAGGGGGAGGAAUUGGUGCCGGAGGAGGCGCCGGAGGAGGCUUUGGAGGGGGUUCUGGCGGUGGCAUUGGAGGCGGUGCAGGUGGUGGCGGUGGGUUUGGAGGUGGGGCCGGUGGAGGCGGUGGCUUCGGUAGUGAUGGUCGGGGUUUUUGAGUUAAAAUAUAUUCUUAAUAGUAUGUAUACUAUAUACCAUGCAAUGCAAUGCUCGUUUAAGGAACCAAGUUAAAGCUAUAACUAUUUUUUCCUCAAUGAUGAUAAAUGAUGAGAGGGGCACGCCAGCAACGAACCAGUAGUUCACCGUAGUCGUUGCGUGCGCCAACAAAUAGCACAACGAGCAUUCGCACACGCGUCGUAGACAUGGAUCUCGGCAACGAAAACGCAGCUCCUCCUUGCGUUUCACCACCAAAACAACAACAACACUGAAAAAGAGGAAGUCGCACACCCAACCAGACCCGGAAUCACUACAUAUCCACGUAUCAUCGUGAGUAACCCACGAUGCAUAUCUACAACACGUCGUAGUAUUGGCGACCUCGUGAUAACAGUGGCGGCCUAGGGUUCUAACGUCGAGGUGCAGCUAGGAGAUGCGAUCUCCAAUGACGGCGAGCUCGUGCUGAAGUGGCUAAUGGGCGAAAUCGAAGGUGCCCUGUCUGGCGAGGGUUUAACGGCAGAAGGCCAGUGCGAGUAGCACUCACGCGCAGGAACGACGAACGACUGAGAGUGAUUGAUGCAGAGGCGUUGCGCAAUGGCUUCCGUCAUAGGGUGGCAGCAGAGAAGUCGUUGAUACUAGCAUUGGAGGAAUCUUGCGAGAGUCUCACCGGAAUCAGCAACCUAGGGCUUUAAUGUUGCCAAUCAUGGAGUUUGCGUCCGUUGUAUGUGUGAAGAGGAAAUACAAGAAAAUUGGGGAAGAAGGGGUGUGACCCCUCUCUUAUCAUUCCAAAACCCUAAAAAUGUCAUCUCAUUGUAUUUACAAAUUAAAAAAUAAAACUUAAUUAUUCGUUUCAACUCUA